CCUAUAAUAGUACGAAUGACAGGUGUGCACCCAUUCCCCUUUUAUGUUGUACAACGAGGCAGAAGAAAAUGCUCUCCAUUGCUCAUCCCUUUGCAGAGUCUUAUAAACAAUGAAACUGGAGCUCCUCAAGAGAUGGCCGAACUCGCCACUCAUCUUCAUUAUCACGAGCCUUCCAACUACGUCUUGGUCAGUUUUCUGCAACGCGGGCUCUUUCAUGAUCUUUGUCAAUCAGGAUUAAAAGGCAAAUUUUCUGAAGACGUCAUGAGGAAAAUGGUUCUUAUUCUGAGCCACUUGUUUGGUCAAAGAUUCCUUCACGCUUCUUUCAAGCGAAGAAUCCACUUGUGCCCUACGUCAAAAGUAAUUUUGGAAGAUCUUCCUGAUGAAUUUGCAGAAGCACUUCAAGCUUAUAACCGUCAGGUUACAGAUGUCUUCAGCCAGUACCUCAAAACUGUGGCCGCGGAACCUGAAAAGGACCGGGGAGAGGAAAAUAAGCUCCCUUUAUCAGGCAUAGAAUUCCCAGAUCAGGCGAGCAUUACCGACCUUGUCGAAAACGACACCAUCAAACGCCUUGCACGCUCUUCAAUUGUCUACUCUGCCUGUUCGUCAUUCGCUGCAUUGUCAGGGAAUUCAGACUUACAUCUGCAUUCUACUGGCCAAAAAGCAGCUGUUCACUUGGAAAGGGAAGAAAGCGUUGGCGAAGGAAGUGAAGAAAAUGAAGAAAGUGAAGACGAAUCUGACACUGACAGUGACGAAGAAGAAGAUGAGGAAGAACAUCGUGAACCAAUUGAACAUUUGUUGAAGAUUAUUCGUCAAGAUGUCUACACAGAUAUGAACGUCGUUCCCAUUCUUCCUCUGAAGAAAUACAACUCGACCGGACGUGUUCAACAUCUGAAUGCUUAUGCACUGGAUUUCUUCAAACACGGAUCCCAGAAAGUUAUCGAGAAAGAGAAUGGAAUCAAGGCCGGCGAGGUUUUCUCGUUGCUGAAGGACUUCUAUCUGACCAUUAAAUCAAUCAGUUGCUCUUUGGAAGAACUGGGACCCGAAACUGACAAUGUUGUGCUCGCUUUUAAGCAGUUGGCCCGGGAGUUUGGAGAGAAGUUUAACAAUCAGUUUGAUAGCGACAUAUGAGAACAAAUUUCAGAAAGUUUUUUUCUGCUUAUAAGCUGUCAAAAUCUUCAGUUAAAAAUUCUUUCUAGCGAGGAAACUUAAACUUACGAUUAUUGUCAGAAGUUUUAAAG